CCUGGGCCCCCCCCCGGGCGCUUUCCCGCCUCGUUCAUGCCUCCCCCCGCGUCGCUGCUACACCUCCACCUCCUCUUCGGCCGGCGCCGGCGCCGGCGCGAGAACGGCAGCACCAGCGUCAUGGGGUGCGCGCAGGCGAAGCCCUCGCGGGGCUCGCCCGCCCGCAGCGACGGCCGCGGCAUCGACCGCCUCAAGCGCGACAACGCCUACCGCCCGGGCUCCGGUGUCUCCCGCUUCUCCGACCCGCCGCCCGCCGCCGCCGAGCGCGCGGCGGGCGCCACGGAUCCAGCCCACGCCGCCCGCCGCGGCGGCGGCGCCGCCUCGGGGAGGAGCACCGACAAGACACCGGACGAUGCCGACGCCUCGGCGGCGCCGGCCCCGCCGCUCCCGCCUCAGCCGCCGCCGCGGCGCGAGGACGAGCUGGUGGACGGGUGGCCGACGUGGCUCCUCGAGAACGUGCCCCGCGAGGCGCUGCAGGGCAUCGUGCCCCGGAGCGCCGACGCCUACGACAAGAUCGAGAAGGUCGGGCAGGGCACGUACAGCAACGUGUACAAGGCGCGGGAGCGCGGGACGGGGCGGGUGGUGGCGCUCAAGAAGGUGCGGUUCGACACGUCGGAGUCGGAGAGCGUGCGGUUCAUGGCGCGGGAGAUCCGGAUCCUGCAGCGGCUCGACCACCCCAACGUCAUCCGCCUCGAGGGCAUCGCCACCUCCCGGAUGCACCGCAGCAUCUACCUCGUCUUCGACUUCAUGUACUCCGACCUCACCAAGCUCAUCGCGCGCCCCGGCCAGCGCCUCACCGAGCCCCAGAUCAAGAGCUACAUGCAGCAGCUGCUGGCGGGGCUGCAGCACUGCCACGACCGCGGCAUUCUGCACCGCGACAUCAAGGGCUCCAACCUGCUCAUCGACCGCCACGGCGUGCUCAAGAUCGGCGACUUCGGCCUCGCCAACUACUUCGGGCCCGGCCGCCGCCGCCCGCUCACCAGCCGGGUGGUCACGCUCUGGUACCGCGCCCCGGAGCUGCUGCUGGGCUCCACCGACUACGGCGUCGGCAUCGACCUCUGGAGCGCCGGGUGCCUCCUCGCCGAGAUGUUCUUCGGCAAGCCCCUCCUGCGCGCCACGACCGAGGUGGAGCAGCUGUUCAAGAUCUUCAGCCUGUGCGGGUCGCCGCCGGACGACUACUGGCGGAAGAUGAAGCUAUCCCCGACGUUCAAGCCCCCCAAGGCGUACAAGCCCACGACGGCCGAGAGGUUCCGCGACCUGCCGCCGUCGGCCGUCCGCCUGCUCGCCACGCUCCUCGCGCUCGACCCCGCCGCCCGCGGCACCGCCGGACAGGCCCUGGAGAGCAGCUUCUUCAGCACCCCGCCGCUGCCGUGCGACCUCUCGUCGCUCCCCGUCGUGUACAAGGAGGAGGUCGCCGACCCUGCUGCUUCCCAUGACGGAAGGAAGCCAAAGCAGAGACAGCGUUCGCACAGACGGAAGGACAGCAAGCAGAAAGCCGAGGAGCAGCCGUCAGAGAUCAACACCGGAUCUCCCAACAAAGAGGAGGACAAAGUAAUCGACACAGCGAAUUCAGCCCAAGAAUCAGAUGGCACCGUGAUCAAAGAGUCAUUGGACAUCACCAUCAACAUUGCCUCAUACUCAUACAGCACAAUCCCAGGACGGUUUUCAGUUAGCCCGGAUCAGGUACUGCCACAACAAGAAGCCUCACCUGCUGCACCUCAGGAUCAGCAGCAGCUGCCAGCGGCGAAGACCUUGCACCGCUCAGGUAGCGACGACGAUCACGAGAACCGCCAGCGGAUUCCGGCUCCUGACGACGAUGACGAGGCCGACGGCGAGCCGCCGUUGGGCAGCGGCAGCGGCGGUGCCACUGUGAACCACAGCCCAGAGAGCAGACCGGCUGCUUUCAUGACGGACUUCGAGGCGGCCGCCGCAGCCCUGCGCGGAUCGGAAGAACUCCCUCCCAAGCAGUACGUUCUUGUGGAUCAUGUGUAGGCCGCGACUGUUGGUUAACGAUUUGAAGACUGAGCAUCCUCUGAAAUUUGGAGACUGAUGCUUCAUAUGUACUACCAAAUAAUCAUCAUCUCUUCAGAAAAAGAAGAAUCAUUGGUUUUUAUUCA